AUGGACCCGAUCAUCCUCUCCGACGAAGAUGACCCCACAACACCGUUCCAUCUCCGUUCUAAGAAGCGCCGAACCGAACAACCCGAUCCAAACCCUACCGUUUUCCUCAUCGACGACGACCCCACUCCACAGAAGCAGCACGUUCCUUCCUCUAUACCUUCUAUCGUUCCCGAUACUCCAUUCUCCCCUUUAUUCGAUUCCGAAAUUGCAAUCGUCAAAUGCACUAGACCUUCUGAUUCUGCUCCUACUAAUAUAUCAGGAAUUAGUCAAAUGAUAUGUUUGGAAUCAGACGAUGAGCUGGAUAAUUCUCAAAUUCGAAACUGGAAUGAGAAUGGAACAAGGGGGUGUUCUUCUCAUGAAGAAAUUGCUGGAAAUUCAACAUGGACUUACCAUUCAACUGGUUAUGGUUAUGGAAGUUCUCCGGACAGAUAUGUUUCAUGUGAAGAUGUUUCUCGAGCUGAAAAUUCCGGGGACAAUCCUUCAAAUCCAACCUCCUCACAAGUGGAAGAGAAUCCUAAUGAGAAAAAUAUGAGCAUGGAGCAGGAAGAGAAUCCUAAUGAGAAAAAUAUGAGCAUGGAGCAGGAAGAGAAUCCUAAUGAGAAUAAUAUGAGCAUGGAGCAGGAAGAGAAUCCCAAUGAGAAUAAUAUGAGCAUGGAGCAGGAAGAGAAUGUUGACAAUAUGAAAAGUUCCAAAGUCUCUGCAAAGAGCACAAACAAGGCAACUAGAAAAGCAAAGAUGACAAAAGAAGAAAGAAGUCGUUUGAUGGAAGAAAAGAAACUACUGAAGGAACAAGAGAAGUUAAGAAAAGCAGCUAUGAAGGCUGAAGCUGCAGAACUGAAAAAAAUUGAGAAAGAAAAGCAAAAGUGGGAAAAAGGGAAGCUUGCAAUGAAAUAUAUUGUUGCAGAAAUAGAUGCAAAGGUAGUUGAAUCAGGUUCAAUCGGAGGCCAUUUGCUUACUAGGUUUGCUGAAAAAGGGCUUACAUAUCAUAUUACGUCAAAUCCGAUCUCAGGGUCCAUUAUAUGGUCUAUGAAAGUUCCAGAAAGUAUUUCACAACUUUCCACUGAACGAAUUGAGAUUCCAUAUGUCUUACUAGUUUAUGAGGCCGACAAAUUUUGUAACCUUGCCGUGAAUGAUUCUCUUUUUGAGCAACUCAAUAGCAUUCGAAAUCAUUAUCCAGCUUAUACUGUUUGUUACCUCACAAACAGGUUACUUUCUUACAUUAAUAAAAGGGAGCAGGAAAAAUACAAGAACCCAGAAAACAAUACUUGUUGGAGACGUCCGCCCGUUGAGGAGGUACUAGCAAAAUUAACAACUAAUUUUGCCAAAAUACAUUCCAGACUGUGUGUAGAUGAAGCUGAACUAGCUGAACAUGUUGUUGGUUUGACAUGCAGUCUGGCGUCUUGUCAGUUUAGAAAGAAGUUAACUAGGUUAUCUGUAAAUGCAAAUGGAUCUCUUGUUUCAAAGGACAGCGUUGACCGCAACUUAAUAAAGAAAUCCACUUGGUUAAAAGCUUUGGUUGCUAUCCCCAAGGUACAACCGCGAUUCGCAAUUGCUAUUUGGAAAAAAUACCCAACAAUGAAGUCUCUGUUUAGUGUCUAUAUGGAUCCAACUAAAUCGGAGCAUGAGAAAGAAUUUUUACUCAAAGACUUAAUGACAGAAGGUUUGAUUGGUGGUGACAGAAAGUUAGGCGAGGUUUGCUCAAAGCGAGUGUAUAGAAUUCUAAUGGCUCAAAAGGGAACCAUCAGAACAGAUGAUGUUGAGAAUGGUGCUGAUUUCUUUGAACGUUAA